CGCGUUGAGGCCCCUAGUGGGACAACUGGACGCGGAACAGCGUACACGUACGCCACAAAUGACCCUUCGGGCCCAAGGACGACAUGGUCUGAGAGAUUGACUCAAAACCCCUUGGCCGUGAUGUUCGUGCAUGGCGCUUCCGGCUACGACCUGCGCGAUUGCCGACACCCCCAGUAAGGUGGGGGACAUAUAUAUUGUGGCUACCUUGCGUAUCCUUCUGUCCUACCUCGCCAGCGCGCCAUAGAGUGCUCCCCGAAGCCACCAUCGAAUCUCUAUGUCCUCCGUGCGAGCCGCUAUUGUGACAGGAGCUGCUCGGGGCAUCGGCCGUGCUAUCGCCCUGCAACUCGCAGCCGAUGGCCUCGACAUCGCGUUGAAUGAUUUGCCUUCUAAUAAGGACCAACUGGACCAAGUACGCGCCGAGGUCGAGGCGAAGGGCAGACGAGCUAUCGUCGUCACUGGCGAUGUGUCCUCCGAGCCGGAUGUUCAACGCAUUGUGGACGAGACUGCAGACUAUUUCGGGAGAUUGGAUGUCAUGGUCGCAAACGCCGGAGUCAUGGUCGUCAAGCCGGUCAUUGAUACAUCGGUCGAAGAUUGGCACAAGGCCCACAAUGUCAACGGCCUAGGCACCUUCCUCUGCUACAAGCAUGCCGCCAUAAAGAUGCGGCAGCUUGGCAACAAAAGCGGACGCAUCAUCGGCGCAUCCUCAGUCGCGGGCAAGAUGGGUGAACCCUUUGCGAGCAUAUACUGUCAGACCAAGUUUGGUAUACGUGGCUUGACGCAGGCGCUCGCAUGUGAAAUAUCGCAUACCGGCAUCACCGUGAACUGCUAUUGUCCAGGCGCCGUCGAUACCGUCAUGCUGCGCGAACUGGCCUAUGGGGCCGGCGGUGUGGAACCUUUCUAUGCCAUCGAAAGCACGAAGUCCAGGGUGGGAUAUCUCGGUGUACCCGAGGAUGUCGCGAACGUGGUGUCCUUCCUGGCAUCCCCCGCAUCUCAUUUUAUUACCGGCCAAUCGAUCAACGUGAAUGGCGGCCGAUUCAUGGAAUAGAGAAGGCGGGCGUAUGGCAGGAACAUGUCCUUUAUGGUCCUUCGCGUCUGUGUAUGUCGAAUCGCAUCGAACAAAGGGCCAGCGCGGAUGUCGUGAC